AUAUUGGUAUUGUCAAAAAGUUAUGGAUGUAUUGGUUCCGAUGAAAAAAUGGUUUCUCACAUGUUAACGUACGAAUCUUCGCUUGUAGAGUGAUCAAAUACUAUCUGCUGUGACUUUAGAUGUUCGUUUUAAUAACUUCGUUGUGUUAUUUGGUUUGUGAAUGAUGUUUCCUAUGGAGAAAUGUGCGGGUCACAGUGGCACUGGUACUUCGGAAGAGGUCGAGAUGUUCACCGGGCCUGUGCCUCCGGGACUGGGGAAGGAAGGUGUACAUUCUGACGAAGUAGCUUCGGCUGUGGCCGCUGUAUCUGACGAAAUAGGAGAUAUCUUGAAAGACGAGUUAGACGCAGACAGAGCCGAUAGGAUCGGCGCGGAAUUGGCCGAUCUAAGUGCCGAACUGGGGCUGUUGGCCGGCCUCGCAGACGGUGAUCAGCAGCAAGACUUUCCAUCUCUCUUCGAGAUAGCUAUGGGUCACCGUGGCAGUGGCAGUGGUUCUUCAUCGUCGUCGUGGUCUGGUGGUCGCGGGGGGCGGCGCUUGUCCCGCCCCCAGCGUGCCGCUAGACGCCGCCCCAUAGCUAAAGGAAAGGAGGUGUGCCGUCGACGAGCGGCUGCGGCACGUCGCGCUGUGUCGAUGCGCGUCCGACGUCCGGACGGCUCGGACGCGUCCGACGUGGGCGCCGACUCCGAUUCGGACGACCAAUGGACGGAACUGUCCGACCAGUGUACAUCGGACACCUCAUCAUCGGGUAAGGAGACAACUAAUGUCAACGAUGUGGAAGGUUACUCUCACAAAGGGACGGUGGAGGCGCCGGCUAUGGGUCAGUUUUUGCUGCCACUGCUCAGCGCUGAGCCCAAUUCCCCUGAGGCUGAACAAUUCUUGAUACGCCACGAAGACAUCUUACAGUUGCUUGCGUCAGCACAAGACAGCAUCCGUGAAGAGCCACUGUCGCUGGGUGAUGAGGUACCGCUCGAUUCACAACCGGAUAUGUUGUCAGAUAACGACAUGUUCUCGUGUGAGGAUGAAGCGCCUGUCACACCCGAAGAGGAAGCAGCCUUAUUGCAUUAUGUCUGUGAAGGUGAUCGUUCCGAAGAAGAUUCAGUGUUCAAACCAGUUGAGGAGUGGCUCCUGGGUGUUUACCACUCGUGGUGCGAGAUAUCAGCUCUUAUGUAUACCCUGCGAGGUACCAACAUGAGUGUUGAGAUGGUGACGUCAGAGUGGAUAUACCGCGCCCGGUUCCCGUGCCACUGUCGCCUGUGUGUGUGCCUCGCGGACAACGCCCGCCCGCUGAAUAACUUCAUCAGGGACGUCGUGUGGGCGUUGGCACACGGUGGCAGCACGGCAGGUGUGGCCGCGUGUAUAGUGCGCGCGUUAAGAUUGACAGCCGGUUCCACAUCGCCCCCUCACUGCUGGGACUUGGGCCGGCUGAGACGAAUCCAUUAUCCACCCGAAGGAGAGGCGAUAAUCCACGAGCAACUGUGCCGUCUAGCGCAGCAGAGCGAGAUAACCGCCCAGCUUGUAGACAAGAUAUGCCUCUGUCAGGAGUUUCAACGACCCGCCGAUAAACAGUACGCAGUAGAGAAGUUUUGCAAAAUUCUGGAGAAUUUCAAAACGGCGUCUACUAUAACUUUCAAGGUGGAGAUGGUGCCGUCGGCGACAUGUGUGGGCGGUGGCGCGGGCAGAUGUGUGGUGCCGGCACACCGCGCUAGCACCGCCCACCGGUUGAGGGAUAUGCGCGCGCGGACCACGCCCACCGACCUUAGCGCAUGGACGGGAUAUAAACAUCGGUGCGAUUGUUUAACGCCCAGAACUCUCUGCGCUCAACAGAGGAAACAGCUGCUGAGGAUCUCGUUUUUCGGCAUGAUGCAGGCGGUGAACGAGUUCAACGGGGCGAAGCCCGACGAGCGGCCCGGCGAAACGGACGAGCGGGCGCCGCCCGAAGCCCUAGACAAGCCACCGGACAGUGUAGACAAUAUAUCGACUCUAGCAAACGAUACGGAUGACUUCAUAGAUUCACAACAACUGACUGCUAAUGAACAGGAUAAUGCUGACGAAUUGAGUGACUCUGACGCGAACUCCGGGACAGCCUCGUUAGGUCUAUCGACUUGCUCCUCGCUGGACUCGGCCUCCGAGCUCCUGUUGGCCGCCGCGGCCGCCGUCGAGUCCGGCGGCUCGGAGGGCGAAGCGCCCGGCGAGUUGUGUCGCACGGUCAGGCACCUGAUGAGGUCCAUAGCCUCCAUUGAGAGGCUGAUGGACAGGGUACUGAAACAUUGCGACGAGUGGCCCGCGCCCCCCACUAGAAACGACCAGGAAGCUAGAAAACGUGUGGACAUGGGUCUAUCGGAAGUGGACAGGAAGCUGAUGGCGAUGUACAGACGGUUGCCUGAAGUUCACCGGAGACAGCUGCAGGUCUAUAGGAAACAGAAGAAAUUGUCCACUGUGUGCAUGCAACUGGUGGGGGGUCGCGCGCCGGCCCCCCCGGCGGUGGGGUCGCCGCCCCCCGCGCCGCCCCCCGCCGCCCCGCGCAAUCCCCACCGCAACCUCUGCCCCGAGUACCAUCUGCAACGGUUCCAAGAGGUUCGACGCAAAGUAAUGCAUAUGAGGGACCAACAGCUGUAUUACCACAGACUAAGGAUGUGGUUAGAGGAGCAACUACGACAAGAAAGGGACAGCUUACCAGAUAAUAAUGUUACAUUGAUAGAAGAUCUUCCGCGUCGCAAACGUCGAACGGCAAGUCCAAAAGUGCCACGUUUAUCUACAGCGCCCAAACGGAGACUCAAACCCGGCUCUCCGCUAAGCAAACCCCAUAAAAUACUCCAAAUGUUAAGACACAAAGCGCCCGCUCAAACCACUCAACUAUUAACAGACGCAUUUAAAUCUGACGACGAGAAACAUGUAAAAUCGGAACCGGAAGCCCCCGAAGCGUUCCCUUUAGAAAGGGAGGACAAUAUCAGCGAUACAGAAACGAUAGUAGGCGAGAAAGAGACCGGGGAUCUAUGUAAAGAAAUGAAGGAGUGCUUAGCUAAAUUUGCAACGUUUGCGUUAAACACUCCAGAUAAUAAUGUACAAGAGGAAUUCGAUAUGCAAAACGAUGGCAAAUAUCCGGAAUCUGUUAGUCCGCCGUUACAAGAAAUGUCGCCGACCGAACCGGUUUUUAACGCGAAAUCGACUCAAAGAUUGAUGACGGUAAAUAAGUUUUUGAACGAUAAAGAUUUUCAAACGCCGAACGCACCGGAAUUGAAUGCGCCUCUGAACGCGAGACGAAGUCCGCCCAAAGACGAGGAGAAAGAGAGAAACGCUGAAACAGAGAAAGAUCCUAAUAUAUAUAAAUAUGUGACAUUCGGCUUAGAAAUCAAGAAAGCUAUGGAAGAGUGUCAGAAUAUAAUCAAUUCUUAUAAUAAUACGUCUAAUUGUAAAGAGAAAGAUGAGGACGGCCAGUUGUCUUUGGAGCAGAUAUGCGAAGUCAUGAUGAGCUUAGAUAAAAAUUCAGCUGAAUUCCUAGAAAAAAUUGACUCUGAUGAUAAUUUAGAUGUCAACACGGCCAAUUCUAAACUAGCGGAAUUAGUUGAGAACAUGCCACAGAUACUAGCCAAUAUGCCUGAAAUAGCAUCGAAACUAUCGGAAUUUGCGAACGCCUCAUUCGAAUUGCCGGAAUUCGCGUCGAUAAUGAACAGUUUGCCGGACGAAGCUCAACUUACUCCGGAAACUUUGAAGCAAAUCAGGGAAUUGAAGUUGAAUAAGAGUAGGGACAAUGUUAAAGUUACUAAGAAUACUGCCAAGCGUAAGAUAAAAAAUAGAAUUAAGAAUAAUUUAGACAACGACUUCAUAGGUACUAUGACAUUUGAAUUCGACAGUAAAGAUAUUACCGACUUACUGAAAGACGAGAAAGAGUUACAAGCUCUUAUGAAGAAUAACACUAAUAACAAAGAAGAAUUCAAAGAUCUACUCUUUUCUAUAUCAGCUCAAGUAGUUAUAAAUAAAGUGUUCGAAUAUCUUAAACAGAAUAAGAGUCCAGAGCUAGCGAGAUGCUUGGAAGAGGACGCGGAAUUUUUCGAGUUGCCAAAGAACUCUUUAAACUCCGAAAUGUACUCGAAAGCGUCCACUCUAUUCGAUAAUUCUGUGAAAGAUGCACUAAGUAUGGACGAAUUGAGGGAACUAGUUAAGUCGAGAUUCAUUUCUUGGAAGCAUUAUGUCGCUACAAAAUUUAAAAGUAUACCCAUAGAAUUAUUAGAGAAUGAAAUUGAAUCUAUGCUCGAUAAAUUCUAUAGUUACAUACAAGAUUUAGCAGGGAAACAGUGUGUUAAUGACAGUGAUAAGAUAUUAGAGAAAAUCGAUGAUCUAAGAAAGAAUAAGGACUUCAAAGACGUCGAAAACGACAAUUGCGCUUCCAAAGAAUCUCUGCAGCAGAUAACCAAGUUGCUAAGCACAUCGGCCGGCAACACUUUCGAUUUACUCAUAAUGAAACUGUCCAAAAUGUCUCAAGAUAAGAAAUCAUCAGUGAAAAGUCUAAAAUUUAAAUAUAUGGACGUGAUAAGACGAUGCGCUGAAUCUCAACAGUUAGCCGGUUGGAUAUUACUCAAUCCUGAAAUAGCGUGCAAUGUCAUAUUAGAAUUAACAGGGUUACCGUUAAGAAAAACUGAAAACGUGCCAGAUUUCACGACUUUACCUAACGAUAAGAAGAAAGACUAUUUCAUGGAACGGCUAAGGGUUAUGAAUAAAAUGUAUAUGGAGUCUUUACCUAAGAAAGCUUUGACCGGUGACGAAUGGCUAGUGAUGCUAUAUAGAUUAGAACAAUUAGAGGGUAAGCUUAAAGAAGCCUUCCAGAAAGUGACUUCGCCUAAAGUCCAAGCUCAAACGAAUGCUAGCGAAGCCGAAAUCUUAGCUGGGAAGGGUUUAAGCAAAAUAAUAGGUAAAGCGAACGUUCGUGUAGUCAAAAGAUCAGACCAGAAACUUAU